AUGGGACGAGAGAAACGCAAGACCCGCCUGGACAAGGCUGGUAGUAGUAGCAGUACCGGCGUCUCGACGACCUUUAUUGGAUUCUCCGCCGUUACGCCCGAUCCAGAUUUAGAUACGACUCUCGGCAAUACAUCCACGUCCGGAUCGAUUCAGAAUUUCCCCACCGACAACGACCACGAUGGAGGAGGAACGUCGCACACCGCUGUUUCGACGAGUACCGUCCCGUCCACUCCGGGGACGACGGCAUCCCAUCCCACGACCUGGUCUCCCGUCUACACGGGUCACGACGAACGCUUGCGGGUCCUCUUCCCCCGCAUCAGUACCAAACGCGACGCCACGACCAAGGUCAAAGCCCUACAGGCCCUGGCCGAGUUUUUCGGUCACGAUGCGAAUCCCAAACGGGUCAAAGUACAAGCACUCGCACACUGGGCCUGGUUGUAUCAUUCCAAACUCGUCUACGACGAUGCCCCCAACGUCCGAGCCGCGGCACUGGAAACCUGGCUCGUACUCUUACCGGUCAUUCCCAAAGCAGUCGAACACUUGGUCUCGGUAGUACCCGCUCUACCAAUGGAUCGCAACAUUCGUUCCGUUACGGCGGCGGGAGAAAUCUUGGGCAUGUGGUAUCUGACACUCGUUGAUCCUGCCGCGGAAGUCCGGGCCGUGGCGACUCGGAAUAGUGAGAGUAGUAGCAGUGGUACUAUUGGUGGCAGCAGUGGUGGCGGUACUAGCAGUAUCAGUGUCGCGAGUCUACUGCUACCCGGCUCACGGUACGCCGCGUGGCACUGGCAAGCUGGGCUGUUCACCUUGGCGGGACGAAUCUUGGGCUACGGUCGGGCCACGGUGAUGCACAACAUGCUAUCGGUCAAGAAAGCAAAGGCCGCCACCGAACUCAGCGAAAGUCAAAAGGACGUGGUGGAGGAGCGGUUCGAACGGUUGGUGGGCAACGUUUUGGAGGCCCUGGCCUUGUGGUUGCAACGACCACCAACACCGCUAUCAUCGACCGUUGAUGACACGACGCCGGCAAUGGACACGUCGUUGUGGUGGAAAACCUUGACCAGUCCCCAAACUUCCUUGCGUCGCAAAACGUACCACUUACUGGCGACCACUUGCGCGACCGCUCCGUCCAUGGUACCGUCCUCGCUCGUCCACGCUCUAGCCCAAGCGAUUUCCUCGGAAAAAGAAGCCGUCAACGUACCCAUUCUACUCGAAACCGUCUUGCAUUUCUGCGUCGCUCAAAAACCAAAAACCGGCAGUGGUCCAGACCACACACUUUUGAUCAAACCACUGGUCAAAGUCUUGAAGAAAGCCGCCUACGGUGCCCGGGUACAACUCUGGGGUCCGACCGUGCUGCCACUGACCGUCGCCGUGGGCGAUGAAGCGAGUAACCUGCAAUUGUGGCAGGCCACCUGGGAAGGACACAGCCUUACCUUGAGUCCCACGGAUGCGUGGCAAAUCGCUCAAGUUGUGACGGAAUGUACCACGUUCGGCUUGUUACGACGCACACCGCCACUCCCCGACCAACUGGACGACGAUCGAGUCGAACUGGCUACAGCCGUGACCAGCUUGUGGGUUCAGGUGUUGGCGCAAGUAUUGCGAGCCGACACGAGCUUUCUCCGACCCGAAGCGCCCCAUUCCGCUCGCAAUGUGGUCAAAGCGUACGCCACCGUCGUGGGGGAACUCGGUCAAAGUUUGUCACAGUUCGGAGACGCUAUGGAACGCGACUCGUGUGCUUUCUCACACGUUCGGGAAGUCUUUUGGAACCAUCCGAUACAGGAGUUGACGAACGCAAAGUUGGUACCACUGACACGCCUACUUCAAGUGUGGCUGGACAGGCAGUGCAGUCCAGAGGACAAGCUUUCGUGGCCACGUGUUGUCUUACCAGCCCUCCGAGAACGCCUGUUAACCGAAUUGACUCUUUGCCGUGCGAGUUCGGGAACCGUUCCUACUUUGGAACAGUACGAGUUUUUCCGCGUGACUCUGGAACUUGUCGGUGUACAAUUGGUCCUCUCUGAAACUCAUGAGCCUCUGGAACGUAUAGUCGUGAACGACAUUAUGCGGUGGGCAAUUAUUCAUACCAGUGCACUGUCGACCCAACGACAGACAAAGGAAUUGGUAAAGUAUGAUUUUGAACUUCUCGGACUUUGCUUGACAGCCUCGGUAGACUGCUCGUCACUGUGGGAGACAGUAGUUCGGGAGAUAGUGGCUGCGCAAUGUGACUUGCGCUGGUUUGUACAAGGUUUGAACAUAUUAUUCCGCAUGCCACGAUCGACACCAGACGACGAGAUUCCGGAUUGGAUCCCAUGUCCUUCUUUGCAAUCCUUGGCUCAGACUAUUGCGAUGCAAGGCACUGAUACUGAAGUUGACAACGGACAUUUAACUAGCGCUACUGACUUCCCCGAAGAGGGGAGCCUCGAUAGCCUCGAUUUGGACCGCGAAAAACGUCUCCUCUUUUUGCAAACUUGUCUGGGUCUGACGGAAGAGUCCCAAGGUUUGCUGGUGGGACGAGUAGUCGUCUCACAGUGGGUAGAGCAUGUUUGUAGAAGUGAGAAACUUGAAUUUCCCGUUACCGCGGCAUGUUCGGAACCACUGCUGGAGGUCUUGUUGGGACUAAUUCGCGACAAACCCUCGGUUUUAUCGGCGGAGCAGAGUGAACGCGUGCUGGUAGAGUCGUGGAGCCAAAACGGACCCCUCUUUUCCGAGUUCACCGCUCCGCUGAUUCAGGGGCGUCCGGCUUUGUCGACUCAUUUUUUCCGACAAGCUCCAGUCCUGUUGUCAAAGUAUAUCGAGACCUUGAUAGUCAACUCAGAGCCUAAUGGGUUCCAGGCACGUGAUUGGGCCGACCGAGCGUUCUCGCUUCUCCGUGUAGCAAAGAAAUCAUCGGUCGUAUUGUCCUUUGAGAAAAUUGGUCUUGGAAAUGUCGCGAAAUGGCAAAGUAGUCCGGAUACCUUAUUUCUUUGCUCCAUGUUUUUGCUAUCCCACUUGAACCGAGGAUCCGAUCUACUAGCCUUGAUUCAAACGUCCAACCGGAAACCCGUGGACUUAAUCUUGGACAUUGCUGUAUCACUGUCAGAAGCCAGUGAAAGUAUCUUGACUGGGGCGCGAGUUGCGUCAAGGAAAGAUCGAUGUGCUCGUUUUUUUACUGCUGUGUUUUCGAACGAACUGGACCACAACGUAGUUUUCCAGUGUAUUGAAGAAAUCAUAGAUCGAAUAGCUCUGAACUUAUCCGCAAAAGAACAGAAUUCCGAGAAGAAGUUAACAAUCCGAAAGGGCAUUGCCGUUCUCUCUCAGCUCCUCGGCAUUGUCUUUCGACCUGUCGGGCCGUCAGGACACGGCAUGUUGAAAGCGGAAACUAUCUCAGAAGGCGACGAACUUUGGUACAUUACUGACACUAAGACUCCAAGUAUUCGAGAAAAAGUCAGAGUGUUGAAAGUUCACUACGAUGUACAAGCGGGCUAUUUUUUCUCAAUCGCAGUGAUGGCAGACGAUGGUACAAGCGAACGGCAAACUGUGCUCGAACGAUUGCGAGCUUCUCGCGCGGCUGAAGUCCCGGGCGACGCCGAGUACGAAGCGUUGGCGCCGAAAGAUAUCAAUCGACGGGCAAGCAUUCGACACGAUAUACUUCAGUGCUUGGUUGCUCCAUACUUCUUGUCGGCUCCGUCAUCAACCUCCGUUCCGGAGCUUCUCACUGUAUUAAUAUCACAGCUUGGACUCGGUCCGGAUCGCGGUCUUGGUACUGAUCACUACAAAGUCUUCCAUUUGGUUUCUGUAAAGAGCCAAGCUCUUGAGUCCUUCCUUAUCGAUGAAAAUUUUUCUUCUGCUUCAGACUGCCUUACGGCCUUAUCUUUGGCACUAGGUGGCGGAGGCAAUACUCCAGAAGUUAGGUGGGUGUGUGAAGAAUUAAGGCUGGACUUCUCCGCUCCAUUGCGUAGAAUUGUUGGAUGCUACGAUGAAAUGACUAUUGGCGCUCGACCAGAUUUUGAAUCAAACGUUUUGCGUUGGCUAGGCGUCGCACUUCGGUUUAAAAGCAAGGCUGAAAAGUCUGAUCGAUUGGUUCAACGUGCGUCAAUUUUGGUUUACAAACUGGCGUGCAAAGUUUUUGCGAAAAAGAAAGAAAAGCAGUUCUCGGAAGCAUCUGUGCAUGCUAUCGCUGCAAUGUAUACAGCACUUAACGCAGGGGAGCAGGAACCGAAGGGUGACGAAACAUACGUCGAUAUGUUGCGGAGCGCACGGUGUAGUUGUUUGUCGGCCUUGAUACAUGCAUUCUCUAGUUCCUGGGGGAGCGACGCACCGUCACCGAUUGAAAGUCAUCUGAGUCCGGAAUUGAUCAACGACAAUGACCCGGAUUGGCUUCAGUACUCUCGAUUUCCGCAGCUCAUUGAGACUUGCCAGACACACGUGUCCCUCCGUCAAGACCUCGUUUCCACCGCCCGAUCCGGAUAUACCGAGGAGUUAGCGCUGGCACUCUUUGAUCGAAAGAAAUACUACGUUGCUUUCCAAAUACUUUAUGCGGUUGUUGCGGAGGAUAGACCCUUGUUUUCGGAGGGGUUGUCAAAGCUUGGUUCCAAUACCACAUCACUUUUGGAAUUCUGGGGGAAAGGGCUGGCACCGGAAGAGCUGGAAGAAUUGUCCGAAGACAUAGAGGUUGUCGGUCAGUGGCUUCCCCGCAAAGUUAUGGAAGAAGUGGAAACUUGGACGGACGAUAUGUUCUCGGACCUACACGAUGUGAGUACGAUGGGGCGUCUGCUGACAUGGCUGGUACUCCUUUGUUCCAUCGACGCAGCAGCGCCAUUGGACUACCGCAAUCGCCCAGCUUUUCUUUCCUAUCUAGAAAAAUGCAAAGCUACUGGCCUAGUGCUAAAUCUUGCAUUGCUGCACGAUACGGCAUUGAAUGAGAAGAAAAGACAGACUUGGUCUAGUACUGUAAAUGUUGAAGAGCUCUUACAGGAAGAACGACAAUUAUCACGACUUUACCUUAACCGUGCUGAUUCGGUUGCCCCCAGCUUUUCCUUUCCGCAGCGCUGAAGUUGACUGUAGCAAAACACUCGGGGUGCCUCAAAGUCGCUGGAAACGAUGGAGUCUCCAAAUAACGCUGAUGCUGAAUAGUCAGGGCGGGACAUUGCAGGAUGCACUCCUGUUGUGGAAGCAAAAUGUUGACCGCGAGUUCGAGGGGGUUGAACCCUGUCCCGUUUGCUAUUCCGUUCUGCACGUCAAGACACAUAAACUUCCCACUUUGCAGUGCAAGACUUGUAGCAACCGCUUUCAUUUCGAUUGUCUGACGCAAUGGUUUCGAAGCAGUGGGAAAAAUCAGUGUGUGCUGUGUCAGCAACCAUGGCAAGGAACACGUAUACAGUAGUGUAGAAGCACAUCGCUCACUUCUGCGUUAGGGGAUGCCACCCUGCCCAGUCAGGUGGGGCAACUCCGUUGUAACUCUUCAUGAAUUUAAUUAAGAAGAUUACUUGGUCC